ACCGACUGUUUAUUGCACAUACCAUUAUGGAACCCUCUUCGCCAUGGAAAAAGCCGAACGAAGUAAUGCAGUUACACAAACUGAAGAAACGGAAGAAAGCGUUACAGGAGCGCAUGAAGCAUCCUGCAACCUCAUCUACUGAGGAAUCCACUAAUUUUACAACUGUAGACUUAGAUUUCUCAAGGAUUCUUGGUGGAGAUAUAGAAAAAAGACGGAAUCCCUUUUCAAAAAACAAUAAUCAGCAGAAUAAAAAAGCCAGAUUAGAAGUGGAGUCAGGACUUGAUGAAUCAAGUGAUAAAACACUUUUUGCUCUAUUAAAGUUACCUGCAAAAAUACAAGAGAAACCUCCCAUUGAAGUUGACACAGAGAAAUUAUCUACUUUCUCAAAUUUACUGCAGAAAUUCACAGCUGAACAUAGUGUAGAGACAAAAGUCAUAGAAAAGAAGUGCAAGCAUCUACCCAUUGAUUGGGCUCUAAAGACAAAAGUUAGACUGAUGUCUCCAAAACCAUUUGCUUGGACAGCAAAGUUAAAAGCCAGUGAAGAGGCAUCAGGAAUCACAGGAUUCGUACGUUGUCUAGACACAACAUCCUCUCAAACUCUAGACACGUCACCACAUGCCCGUUUCCACCAAACUUGUCUUUAUUGGCAACAUCCACACCUGCCCUGGCUAGAAAUGUAUCCGCGGUCCUCAGGCAAGGUUGCUGCUACCAGCUUUAUGGCAACUAAUGAGCUAGUCAAGCAAGCAUUACAUAGAGAAUGGACAGAGAGUUUGCGGUCUUUGUUUCAGUUGCUGCGCGCCCUCCAUUGUCCGUACUUUUACGUGUGCGCGAACACAUUCACGUGCCUGUUCCGCGCAGCGGGCCUGUGCGGCGUGUCCGAGCCCUGCGCACUAAUCGCCCCUACCACUAGAGGUUUUAGACAGACGCUCAGACAGGAAGACGUGGAGUUCACAAUGCCGCUCCGUCCAGACCAUAAGAAGAAACUAAACAAUUCCACAGAAGAUCAGCCACGGAACUCGUCAUAUGACAGUUGCUACGACACCAUGGAUGAAGGAAAAUCACAACAAGAUUAUAAUCAAGAUGACUGUUCUGGAGACGAAGAGGACCCUGAUCAAUUCUUGGCACAGAUGGGCUUGGAAACUGAAAUUAUUAAGAAAAUUAACAUUGCACAGAAUAGAAUAACACAGAACGCCGAAAGCAGCGUAGAUAGUGCGGCGGAGUCGUUAGUAUUCGUGCGUGGCGCCGACGCACAGGCACUGUUCAACUUCUUACUAAACUGCAAGUCCAUCGUGAGUCCCACCGGGCCUUUUGCUGGAGUGCCACCGACGCUGCUAUCGCCCACGGCUUUUCAUGGAGGGACGUUGCAAUCCUUAAAGGUCCGUGAAAACAUAAUACAUUCGGAGAGCAAGAAGUACUACUCGAUAGAGCUGCGCGGUCCCAUAUUGCCGACAACAGUGCACUCUUUAUUCAAAGUUUUGAAUACCAGCUCCUCGGCGCAGUUCAGUGCCACCUUCGCUCACCAUCAACCCUCUUUGGCUUUUUCAUGGGCUGCUAGUAGUAUCGCUGCAGAUGAAUCAUCAAAAGAGAAUGAGCCAAAUCAUUUUACCAAAGCAUUUAACAAGGAGAACUUGUCCGACUGUGGCAUAAGCGAGGAAAUGCUACAGCACUUCUGUUCUUCAGACCCUAGUCUCAUAAAGUCUCUUGACAGUGUGAAAUAUAACACAGAGGAUAAUACUUAUACAUGGUGAUAUUUUAAUUGUUGGUUUGUGACGGUUUCAGUUGUAUAAAAAUUUUACUCAUUUAUUGUGAUCAUGAAGU